AUGAUCCUAGCCUUCAUGAUCCUUGCUAAGAUAACUGAUGAAGGCGCUGGUGUAAGGACCGACCCACUUGGAGAAUCACACCCAUCCGCUCAUCACUGCCCACGCCCACCCACACCCUCAACAUCCGGGGCUCCCAGCCGCCCACAACCCACGCCUGGCUCAGGUCAGCAGCUGGACACCCGUCUGGGAGGAUUCACCAGGAGGAAGAGAAACGUCCCGUCGCGUCCACAGUUCCAGAGAAGCACAGAGGAGCGUCGCUCUGGUCGAGGUCGCGGUCGUCUGGGUGGUGGAUCAAGAACUCAGGUCAGGACUAAAACAAAAUCUCAUGCAAAGGAGGACACAAGGCCCUUCCUCUCACGAUCACAGAAUGUAUCCCAAGCGGGGCCAGGGAUCGCAUUAGAGGCCAGUAACCCAUCAGUAGCGAACGACUCAGCAGCAACGAGCAACUUAUCAGAGAAUAACCCAUCAGUAGCGAGCGACCCAACAGUAGCGAACAACCUAUCAGUAGAGAAUAAUCCAUCAGCAGGAGCAGUAGCCAUCUCCCAGCACCCGAACAGAGAUUCGGGAAACACUGAGAACCAUGACACUCAAGUGGUACUGCAGGAGGAGCCCUACCUGUCUCCUUCCUUCGUUAGGACAGAUGAAGAUGGUCAGGGAUUUAGGCAUUAUCGUGGUUUCUACCGCGAAUCAGAAGAGGGCAGUCCCGAAAACGAAGCAACUGAGCCAGGCAGAAAACACGCUAAACCCAGCGUCAGGAGUUUUGCCAUUCCCGAAACCAUCGUGAAGGAUGGACAGAUCUUCUACAGAUACGAUGGUGGAAUGUACCCUAAUGAGAUCAUCAAAGGUCAGAGUAAGCGAAGUCAUGCAAGAGACGGCGAGUACUUGAGUGACGACGGAGACCAAAUAGUUGCCCAUCAUGCACUAAAUCAACCCACAGAAGACGACCAUUAUGUUAACGGAGUGCAAGAGGGCACCGCUGAUCACCCUCAGUCUGAACAUCCACCAUUAACUGAUGAUAUUAACUUAUACGAUGAACCAUCACAUGUACAGACACAGGCACACAUUGGUGAAAUGACACAUGGGGCGACGGCGGAGGCUGUGUUGGGCUCUGGGCCAGCUACACAAGUGGUAGGUAGUGCAGGUAUUGGAGGGUUCUUCUCAGCACAGGCUCAGAGCAUAGGACACCCAGGUGGCACUAGCCACACCCAGGUGAUGGGUAAUAUCCAUGGUGUGCAGGGCUCUGCCAUUACUCACAGUAAUGGUCAACAGUCCUAUGCUCACCUCCAGAUGGGGGCUCAUUCCUCCUCAAGGGCUCAGGUCUCGACACACGAAGGUGCUCCCAUGCUUGUCUCCAGUGUUGAUGCCACCCAGCUGGGUGGUAGUGCAGGAGCUAAGGCUCACAGUUCCACCUCUGCCAAGAGUGAGGCCCAGAUGGACUUCAACCCCAUACAACACUCUGAGAACAACAACGGAAUCAGAGGUCAUGGUUUGGCUUCUGCUGGGGUGACCUCCGAAGGUGGAUCUGCUUUGGCUACCCUCACAGGCCAAGUGUCUAGAGGGUCAUACCUGGGUGUUGCACACUCCACCAGUGGAGCACAGCAUCUGGACAACACACAACCCUUACCUGCAACCUUCAGCCACCCACAUGGCAGCCAUUUUGCUUCAGAUAAUAACCCGUUAAUCGGAGAUGGGCUACAAGGAGAAUUUAUGCAUGUUGACUUCAUACAGCCUGAACUAGGACACGAGGAAUACCCGACAGUGCAACACUUUUAUGAAGGCCUUGUGCCUGGAGAAGUGACCCAUGAGUUCCCUUCACACAGUGAACAGGUGGGUUCAGAUGAAUUGGAAGGGCCAGUGGCUGGUGGGUUGACGCAUACUGCAGCACUCCAGGAAAGAAGGGAAGAAGCACUGCUGGUGGAUGACCCUGUCAUUCCCAGUUUAGCUAGCCAGACCUCGAUGGCUCAUGACAUGUUGAGCAACAUCAUGGAAACUGUCCACCAACCUCAUCUAGAGCCCGAGGUGGAUCUGUACUCAUCGAAAGAUGCCGGCUACUCGGGUCAAGACCCUAUUAUCGACGAUGGUGGCUUACUGGUGGGUUCCGGGACACCGCCCAGGGAAAGCGAGAUUGGGCAGACUCCGCUCCACAUACGCCCUUACAUUACUGAAGAUAAUGAAAUGUUAACAGAAAACAUUGAGAAUGGCAGAGUGGGCUUGGCUACUUACUCUUUUGGCCGCCUCGGCCCUGCCCCAGCACUAGGGGAUCUUCUUGGCUCUGUCUCGCAGGAUGGUGUGGGACUAGCUACUUAUUCCCAGGGGCGUGUGGGAUCUGCCCCAGCACAAGGAGAACACCUUGGGUCUGUCUCGCAGUAUGACUACGACCCAUAUCAUCAUUCCAGUUCUGAGUAUUUGGAUAAUAAUUAUGGCAUCCCUAGCCAACAGGCCCCUUAUUUUGAUCUAGGACCUGAAAUUUUCAGUCUAGAGCCCAUAGAAUUAAGUUAUGAACACUUGCAACCAUCAUCCUCUGCAGCCUCAGCAACAAAGUUACCAGAACAUUCCUAUAAUGGGCAGGAGGAACGAGUAGCGCCAGAUACUCGAAUUGUGGUGCAUCAACUGCAGACCUCAACUUCCCACCUCUCCAGUGAGGGUCCACCAUUCGCUCCUCACCUUGCUAGCACCAGUUCACCACUUGCCCCCCACCUCUCCAGUGAGGAUCCAAUACUCUCUUCACACCUUUCCAGCGAGAGUGCACCACUUGCGCCUCGCCUCUCCAGUGGGGUUUCACCACCUGCUCCUCAUCUCACCAGGGCUCCACCACUCUCUUCUCACCUCACCAAUGGGGCUCCACCACCAGCUUCUCAUUUCACCAGUGAGGCUCCACCACUCGCUCCUCACCUCACCAGGAGUCCACUGCUCGCUACUCGCUUCUCCAGUGAGGGUCUACCACUCACUCCUCACUUCUCCAGUGAAGGUCUCCCGUUCAAUGAAACAUCUGCGCCUCAGCCACUUGCUUCAGUAGAAACCAGCAUGCCUGCAUUACGCUUUCAAGACCACAAUGGAGAAAGUGAGGGUAGCGGGUCAGCGUCACAGCCAGACUCAAGCCCCUGGCCACGUCAGCCAAUCACUGCAGAAGUAGAACCAGCCCUAAGGCCGCAACCAGGUCAACAAAUCUCAGCUGAAGCAGACUCGAGGCCCUGGCCAGAUCAGCCAAUCACUGCAGAAGGAGAGCCAGCCCUAAGGCCGCAACCAGGUCAGCAAAUCUCAGCAGAAGCAGACUCAAGGCCCUGGCAAGGCCAGCCAAUCACUGCAGAAGCAGAGUCAGACUCGAGGCCCUGGCCAGGUCAGCCAAUCACUGCAGAAGGAGAGCCAGCCCUAAGGCCGCAACCAGGUCAGCAAAUCUCAGCAGAAGCAGACUCAAGGCCCUGGCAAGGCCAGCCAAUCACUGCAGAAGCAGAGUCAGACUCGAGGCCCUGGCCAGGUCAGCCAAUCACUGCAGAAGCAGAGACAGACUCGAGGCCCUGGCCAGGUCAACCAAUCACUGCAGAAGCAGAGCCAGACUCGAGGUCCUGGCCAGGUCAACCAAUUGCUGCAGAAGAUAUGAUGACAGUGCCCUUGGUGCCUACUAAUCCAGGUACCAGUAUGACCCUGCCUGGUGAAACGGGUGGGCCCAUUGUCAAUGUUAUGACUGUGUCCGCCUCGCACAACAUUAUUAACUCAUCCUUACUUGGGCAGCGUCCUGGCAACCCUAUCCAGCCGGGAGAGAAAAUCCCAGGUGUGCCAGGCUACAGAGUCCCAUCUGGUUUCCGUGGGCAUGUAAUUCUGGGCCACAGUUUGCCAGUGGAAGCGGACUCACGGAGAGUAGUGGAAGGUUUCAACACUCACGUCCGCCUCACCCCGCAGGACUCGCCCUCCAACACUGUUUACGCCUCUGUUGGUGGACCUCGUACUUUCCAGCAGUUACGUAAAGAGAACGUGCCGGGUGUCCAUGUUACCCUUAGCACUAACGAGCAUUUACAGUCUCCUCGAGUAUCAUCUAGACCAUCUUCGUCCUGGUCUCCUGAAUCAGCGUCAACAUCUGACAGGCGGGUGGCUACAGCAGCUGGCAGGGAGUGGCUGUACUCACAGCCGAUGGUCGCACCUGCCACAACUGGCCUGACACACUCACCCAUGCGAGCACAACCACGAAACGAACCUCAUCUCGACGGAUCGGCAGCCAGAAAUGGGGUGGACGCUAGCAGGGGCAGAGGGUCAUCGUCUUCGCCCAACAAAUCAUGGGAUGAUGGUGGCGUUGGCAGUAUGAGGACCCCGGAGAAGUCGUGGAAACAAACAUGGAGCAGCAGUAAUGGGAAGUCUUGGAUGAAUGGUGAGAAGCAACCUACAAUGUGCAGGUAUUACACCAUCAGCUGCCAGGUGGUAUACAAACCCUAUCAGCAGAAUAAAAUAUGUAAGCCCACAUACGUUACCCACGAGUAUUGUUGCUGCUGAGCGUUAUUAUAUUCAUGGGAGAAGCGGGAACUCAUACACAGCGCUCGCUGGAUGAUGGGGGUAAUCACUUGUGAUCCAAGGAAGUGAAGGGUAGCUCCAGUCUAUGGAUCAAGAACUCAUCAGCAUGAAGACACCAACCUUGAAGGAUGCUGUUGAUAACGCUCCACCACAACACUAGUGAGCUAUGCAACAAUAACUAGUUACAUUGUAACAUCUACCAACCAUAAACUCUUAAAAAAUAUCUGACCCUGAAUAACAAUUACCACUGAAUGUCGGGUAAAAAUGUGACUUACAAAAAGGAAACAGGUGUGAAAUUUAUUAAAUGUCCGGUUAAAAUCUUAAUCCCGCCUCCCCGUAGCACGGAGGCCGUCUUAUGAACACUAAGAUGGAGAUAAAAGGCAUAAAAUACCGAUACGAUGGAAAAUGAACACAAAUGCAGUAUAAUGCGAUCCUUUAUUGACUACAUUUUGCUCACACAGUGAACUUUAUCAAGUAACAAACAGAUCUACCUGGGUAAAGAGUACAUGAGUAUAUACAGUGUGGAGAGUCAGGUUUGUGACUUGAUCAAGUCCACUGUGUGGGCGAAACCUAGUCAAUAAAGAAUCGCAUUAUACUGCUCUUGUGUUUAUUUUCCCAAGAACACUAAUAUGUUAUCUUCUUGCUUAAAAAAAAAAUGUGAUUUUAUGUUGUGGUGACUUUUUAAUGGUACGUCUAUUUAAUUUAAAUUAGCAUGUGCUUCGAAGACUACGGUAGAAAGUAUACUUUUUUUUACUAAGCUGAUGAGUUAAAUUUAGAUCAAUGGCAUAGGCUUAUGUUAUUGUAUGCAUGGGGAGACGUAAACCCAGAGGGAAAAUACAGUGCCUGGGUAAUGGGAGGUAAUGUAAGGAAUGGAUUGGGUUGUUCCAGUUCUCUAGGUCAAAGUUUAUGCUUAAAUUUGGUGUUGACAUCCCACGUUAUCUGGAUUUAUUAUAUUUAUGGGGGAACACUAAACUCGUAGGGACAUACAGAACCUGGGAAUCUGGAUAAUCAGACUUGAUCCAAGGAAAAUGAGGGUAACUACAGGGCAUCAAGGUCCCUUGUCCCUUGAAGGUCAGAUAAUGCAGUAGUCUUUUAUAUAAUAUAUAAUAAGGGAAGACGCAUAAUGUCCUCGAUCCAGUUUUAAUAAUAAAAAAAAUUCUUUAGAGAGUUGUGUAUAAAUGUGUAAUUAUUAAAACUGAACAUCUUUAUGAAUAAAUAAACAUGUAAAUAAAAGUU